ACACUGGUGUGGUUUGCUGUCAAAAUAAAGCGUCAUGAAAAUGGCGUCUGUUUGUGUCUGCGCAUCAUAUUUCUUUCUACUUCUUCGUUUUCUGAUAGCGUUUAUCAAUAUUGUUAUUCGUUUGUGCAGUGAGAUAAGUGACUCUUUGUCGUCAGACGAAACAUCGAGUUGAGCUUCUGUUCCUCGAAACCUUUAAAACUGUGUUAUAUUGUAUGAGAUGUUGACUCCAUUAUUUGUGCUGUUUUGUUAGAAAGUAACUCUUUUAGUUCAAUUAUGGCUGAAAAAGAAAACAGAAGGAAGUGCUUUAAAUGCGGAGCUUCACCUGCUGAAGAUGAUGUUAAAUUGUACCGAUUUUCUAAGCCCGGUACAAGGAAUUUGCUUCGGUGUGAAUUGUGGGCAAAGUACAUGUUUCCUGAGGGAGACUACAGCUCUAUACAAUUUCAAAGGAAAUUAUAUAAUGAGCACAGAGUUUUGUGUGAGAGACACUUUAAACCUGAGGACAUUUCAAAUGAUUCCAGGAAGAGAUUAGCACAUAAUGCUGUGCCUUGUGAUGUUGAGCAUGCUUUGGCUCCAUCUUAUUCUAAUGAACCAUCAAGACCAACUGAACGCAUUCCCCUUUCAAAUAUUGAUGUGAACAUGGAACCCGGUACCUCAGGUACUUGCCAGAGUCAACUGCCAAAAAAAGGGAAAAUGACUGAACAAGAGACAAUUUUAUACAAAAAAUGUACCAAGUUCAUGAGCAGAAUUUGCACAUUGCAAAAUACAAUAAAAAGAUUAAAAGCCAAUUCUGUAUUAAAAGUUCUUGCAGAAGAUAAGGCUGUGGAGAAAUUAUCCAAGAAUAUAACGCCUGCAUUUUCACUGCUCCUGCAGGGGCAAAUAAGAAAUUCAAAAAGAAAAUUAACAGGAAAGAGGUGGUCCAAAGAGGAAAAAAUUAUAGCCUUAAGAAUUUACAAAAGAUCACCAAGCUGUUACCGCUUACUGCGAAGGCUAUUUUGUUUACCAUCGGCAAGUACUUUAAAGAAUCUGCUUAACAAAGUUUUAAUGGAUGUUGGAUGCAAUACGUCAGUGCUUGAAGUCUUAAAGAAAUUUGUAAAAACCCAACAUCCCCAAGACAAUGAGUAUGUUUUGAUGUUUGACGAAAUGUCAUUAAAAAAGCACCUGCAAUAUAAUCAGAAGGAUGACAUGAUAGAAGGUUUCCAAGAUCAUGGGACACAAGGAAGAUCAGAACAAUUAGCUGGAUAUGCUUUGGUUUUCAUGAUCAGUGGGAUCCGGAAACGAGUGAAGCAGCCGGUAGCACAUUACUUUUCAAGUGGAUUCAGUACAGCAGAUAGACUUGCUGUUCUCAUCAAGGAGGUUCUGCAUCAAUGCUUUGAAGCAGGAAUAAAUAUAGCUGCAACUGUUUGCGAUAUGGAUGGAGUAAAUAGGAGGGCCCUAUAUAUAUUGGGUGCAACAAAAGAGCACCCAUACAUAUCGUUUGAAAAAAGAGAUGUAGUCACAUUUUAUGACACUCCUCAUCUAUUAAAAUGUUUUAGAAAUUUGUUUUUAAAAUAUGAUCUGGAAUGUACCACAAAUAUUCAUUGCGGUGACAAAAUAGGCAGAGGAGUAGCUAAAUGGAGCCACAUUACUGAAUUUUAUGAAGUUGACAGCAUAAAUCCAAAUUUUGUGUUUGCACCAUCUUUGAAAAAAGAUCAUCUGAAUCCCAACACUAAGCAAAAGAUGAAGGUGAAUCUUGCUGCUCAAGUGCUGAGUCACUCGGUUGCAGCUGGUAUGUUCGCCAAAAUUGCUGAUGGAACAUUAACUACAGAAGCUGCAGUUACGGCUAAUGUUGUUGCAGACAUGGACAAAUUAUUUGAUUCGCUAAACAGUGAUUCUGCUGACUUAAGAAGAGGGAAGCCACAUGCUACCAAUUUAACAGCAACAAGUCUACACAUAACAUUUUUUUCAAAAAUGAAAGAAUUUUUCAACACUCUGAAAUUCAUUGGGAUCCAUAGAAAGCCUCCAUCCCAAGAAGGGUGGGUUUGGAACUUAAAUGCAAUGGAGAGAUUGUGGCGAAACCUCCAACAAAAAUGGAGCAUCCGUAGUUUAGCCACUAGAAGGAUUCAACAAGAUCCCCUUGAGAACCUUUUUGGUGUUAUUCGUGGAAAUUGUGGAUCUAACACUAAUCCCACAAGUGGACAGUUUGUGGCUGGCUUAAAAACUGCCAUUUUGAGCAACCUAUCCCACAUAGGCACAACUGGUAACUGUGAACUGGACAAUAAUGUCAUUAUUGAUAAUUUUCAAACAUUAUUGUCCCAGCAGAAAACACAGCCCACAGAAAGUGAAACCAAGUCUGAUUCGGCAGUAUUUUCAUUAAGUUCUUCUUCAGAUCUUUUACCAUUUGAAAUCGAAGAAGCACUCAAUGAAAAUACUGCUGAAAUACAAGCUUGUGCUUACGUCUGUGGGUUUUUGUUAAAACAGUUGCCAAUUAAUGAUUGCGAAACAUGUUCAGAGACAUUUGUUGCUCAAACAGUGCAAAGAAGUCACAUAUUCAUUGAUUUUAAAGAAUAUAAUGAUUUAAAAAAAAGCCUUAAUUAUGCUACUAAUGAAUUAAUAGCUUGUGUGGAAUUUUGUGCCACAGUAGUGAACAACUUUUUAAAGGAAAAGGCUCAUAUAACAUUUUUAAAACAAACUGUAAUUGAAAAUGUAAAAAACUCCGCUAAUUUUGAUUUUAUAACAUGUGCAAAUCACAAAGAAGAAAAUGUAAAUAUAAUUGUUAAAUCAGUAUUUGUGAUUUGCACAAAAAGAUUUUGUACAAUCAAAAAUAGAGCCUUUGCUGAAGAAGCUUCUGCGACAAAGUUGCAAAAAAAAAUGGAUGUAAUAUUACACAAGUAGUUUAAGUUUGUUGGUAUUUAUGUCAAUGUCUUAGAUUAAUCUCUUAUUAUUGUAAUAUAAUAUGUAAAAAAUGUA